GCAUCCUGGGAAAUGUAGUUCUCGUUGGGGGGUGUGAAUCACUUUCCAGAGACCCGCCCUCGCCGGCAUGGCGGUACCCGUUCGGAGCGAGUUCGUUUACUCUGUGCUGUGGCCGGGGCGGGGGUCUGGGCUAUAGGCAGAUAGUGUUUGGUUCCACAAUGUUUGGGAACCUGUUUGAAGAGGAUUAUUCCAGUGUGUCAAAUAGUCAGUAUGGAAAAGGGAAGAAAUUAAAGACUAAAGGUUUGGAGCCACCUGCCCCUAGAGAAUUCACCAAUUUAAGUGGAAUCAGAAAUCAGGGUGGAACCUGUUACCUCAAUUCCCUUCUUCAGACUCUUCAUUUCACACCUGAAUUCAGAGGUAUGCUAUGUUACAUGCAUUUGAAUAAUAAUAUGUACCAUAAAUUUUGUAUUUAUGUAAAAAACAGUAAAAGAGAAAGCACUUUAAAGGUGGAUUCAACAAUAUCUGCUCAUUGUCAAAAAAAGUAAGACAUGCAUUGGCAGUUCUCUGAAGAAAAUUGUGAAGCUUAAAUUUUAAAAAAAUCUAUUCUGUGUACUGAUUGUAGUGUUGUAUAACAAAAAAAAUAACAUAAGACAAGGUAUCUCUAAUUCUCAUAAUUUAAAAUACAACAUAUUGACAAUCCCCUCAUCUUUCUCCAAAGUAACAAACACUUUAGUCUGGGCUACACAGACAGCCUUGACUUCUGCAGUGGGUAGAGUUGUCACAUUAUAUACAUCCGUAGUUACUUAUCUGUAUUUCUAAAAUUCAGAGAGCUCUGAUUCUGGGCUUAUCUGUCCUGAACUUGUUUGGCCUCAGAACCUGACCUGGGUGAAGCUUCUUGGGGUUUUAGUUUUCUCAGGAGGCUGAAUAUUCAUAUAUUCACAACAGGAAUAUUAAUCUAACCAGUAUUGUCUGUGCCAGACCUUGGUAGGAAUGAAGAGUAAUGUACAAAUUCCUCCAUCAUUCUAAAAAUCUGCAACUAUCAACUUCAAAGAUCCAAAGGAGUUAAAGUAAGGAGCUUUGUACAAAGAAACAUAAACCCACUCAUGUUAGCUAUACUAAAUGGGUGUGGGGAGUUACUGUGAUGAUAGACUAUUUCUCCAGAAACCAAAUGCUGCAAGCUAGCCAAUCUGCACUAAAGCCUUGAUUUCUUGCCCGUUUCUCAACAUAUUUGUUCCAUUCCCAUCUCUCUGCUCCAGCUUCCUUCAUUGGGGUCUCAGUGUCUGGUCUUGAUUUCAGCAUGAGCCUUGUUUGGCCUCUGUAUGAUCCUGAAUUGGGGGGCCCAGUGUACAUGAAUAUAUAUCUCAUGUCUCUACAGGUUCUCUCUGUUAUGAGCAGAGUCUGUACUUGAAUGCCAAGUUCCCACGAGCACCCAGUUUAUCAGAUCUUUGGGAGUUCUGUUUCUCUAAGCUUAGAAAGGCUUCUUUCUCCAGAGAUCUAGAAUAUAUUUACUGUUGUCCACUUCUAGUAGACCAUUCUAAUGGAGUGAACUGACAAAUUUCAGAGUGGUAGCUGUGUCCUUGACUUCAGCCUCUACAUAAAGUUGCCUCCCAGUUGUUGGCAAUCCUACUCUUCGGAGUUUUCAGCAUUACUAAGCAGAUAACUAAGAGGGAUAAAGAUCUCCCAGAU